AUGGACGUGUGCCACCAGGCGUCAGCGUUGGACAACAGGGAAGUGGCAGUUGCCUCCAGCGUGAUCGCCGUCCAGGCGCCUGAAAACACAAACAUGGGGACCUUCGUGGGCCACAUACUGCCCGGAAGCUUCACCUUCCUCUUCGGAACAUGGUGGACCUUUGCGGUGUGGCGCAACUACGUCCGCAGCAGGAAGAAGAAGCAACGCUACGUGUGCCGUUGCUCGUACGCGGUUCCCUGUCUUCCCAGGAAAUUGAGCGUCGAAGGCAUCGUCAAGAUCAUCGGCUCCUGCGCAUGCAUUCUCAUGGAGUACCUGUCCAUCUUCGUGCUCUUCCUGCUCAACGGUGUCGGGGACGUCAUGUACAACGCCGGGUUCCCGCUCCCGCCACACACGGACUACGCGACGCUGCUGCUCACCAUCGCCUCUGAGGGCCUGCUGCUCCAUUUUCACCUGCACGGAAGGUCACAUCUCGACGUCGUGAUCCAUACGCUCUUGGUGUACACCGUGGUUGCACUGGUGGCCUGCCUCUUAGCCGAGAUGUGCCGACCUCGAAGCGUUCUGGCGUCUCUGGGUCGAGCUUACUUUGCCCUACUGCAUGGGACGUGGCUAUGUCAGAUCGGCUUCAUCCUUUACAGUCCGCUGCCGGAUACAAACCCUGGGACGUUAACAGCCACAGGGACUUGA